GGAUUACAACCUCACCAGUUUCUUCACUCCAGCAGUCAUGAUCUUAAGCAUUGCUCUCAUUUGGGCCAUAGUGGUAGGGCUUUGUUGUUGCCUUUGGCUUAUCACAGGAAUACGCAGAAGACAGCCUGGGGAGCCUCCAGUGGAAAAUGGCUUGAUCCCUUACCUUGGUUGUGCUCUUCAGUUUGGGGCCAACCCUUUGGAGUUUCUUCGCAGCAGACAGAAGAAAUAUGGCCACAUUUUUACAUGCAAAAUUGCUGGGCAGUACGUCCAUUUCCUCUGUGAUCCAUUCUCCUACCAUGCUGUCAUCCGUCAAGGAAGGCAUCUGGACUGGAAGAAAUUUCACUUUGAUGCCUCUGCAAAGGCGUUUGGUCAUGAAAGCAUGGAUCCCAUCCACGGUUACACCACAGAAAAUCUGCAUCAAACCUUCCUCAAGACCCUGCAAGGGGAGGCCUUGCCUUCUCUCAUUGAGACCAUGAUGGAAAACCUGCAAAGCACCAUGCUGCAACCAGGCAUGCUGAAGGCAAAGCCCUCUGAAUGGCAGACUGAUGGUAUUUUUGCCUUCUGCUAUAAGAUCAUGUUUGAAGCAGGCUACCUGACCCUCUUUGGAAAGGAACUGGAUGGGGACCAGAGUGUUGCACGUCAACAGGCCCAAAAAGCUCUGGUGCUCAAUGCUCUGGAAAACUUUAAAGAGUUUGACAAGAUCUUUCCUGCUCUGAUCGCUGGGCUCCCCAUACAUGUCUUCAAGAGUGCCUACAGUGCCCGUGAGAACCUAGCCAAGACUAUGCUCCAUGAGAACCUAAGCAAGCGCGCCAAUGUGUCUGACCUCAUAUCCUUGCGCAUGCUUUUAAAUGACACGCUAUCUACCUUCAACGAGCUGAGCAAAGCCAGGACCCAUGUGGCCAUUCUGUGGGCUUCCCAGGCCAACACUUUGCCUGCCACCUUUUGGACCCUUUUCUAUAUGAUCAGGUGCCCUGUGGCCAUGAAGGCUGCUAGCGAGGAGGUGAGGAGAACAUUUGAAAGUUCUUAUCAGAAAGUCGAUCCCACAAAUUCUCGACUUGUACUGACAAGGGAACAAUUGGACAAUAUGCCCAUUCUAGACAGUAUCAUUAAAGAGGCUAUGAGACUGUCUAGUGCAUCCCUGAAUGUGAGAGUGGCCAAGACUGAUUUCCUUCUUCACCUGGACAACAAAGAGUCUUACCACAUCCGCAAAGAUGAUGUAAUAGCUUUGUACCCCCCGAUGCUUCACUUUGAUCCUGAGAUUUAUGACAAUCCUCUGACAUACAAGUAUGACAGAUACCUUGACGAGAAAGAACAGGAGAAGACCAGCUUUUACAGAAACGGACGCAAACUCCGUUACUAUUACAUGCCCUUCGGCUCUGGGGUGACCAAGUGUCCGGGCCGCUUCUUUGCUGUGCAUGAGAUGAAGCAGUUUCUGUCUCUAAUUCUAUCAUAUUUUGAGAUGGAACUUUUGCACUCUGAUGUGAAAGAACCACCACUUGACCAGUCUCGAGCCGGCCUGGGAAUUCUGCAACCUACCUAUGAUGUUGACUUUCGAUACAGACUCAAAACUCAAUAAGGAUCUCACACUUAUUUAUUGACUCAACCGUGAACUGUAAAUAAUGUAUAUUUUGUGUCAUAUCCAGCCAGACAAAUGUAAAUAGGAUUCAACUGUGUUUUCAAGAGAUUUGUGAGAGAUUUUAGGAAGUUUGGAAGAAACUUCAGGACUUUUCUUUUUACAAUUUUCAGUAACAUUUUCUGCAUGUGAGCCAUGGGUGUUCAUAGCAUUCUGCUCAAUUUCUGAUCUGUAUAAUAAAUAGCCAGUAUUUUAAAUAUGCUAUUGUACAAUGAUUAGAAAUAGCUGUUUUACUUUUUUCCUUCUUUUUUUUAACGUUAUAUUUUUAAUGAUGCUUAGUGUACAAAUUGCCUUUUUAACCUAAACAUCAGAGUGCUUGUCUUAUUUUUUAAAUACACCCACUUAAGGGUAACCAAGGUUUUAUGUAUUUAUGUAUUUUAUGUAUUAAGUACUGGUGGUCAACCAGGGUAUACCUACAGUUUCUUAGUACCUUAAAAAUGAACUAUUUCCAUUAUACCAGAUGGUUUCUAUAGAUUAUAUUGUCUCUCCUUAAAUUUAUAUUAAAUGAGGUUUAUAAAAACAGUACUGAAGCAUAUCAUAAUGUAAUUCAACCAAUCACUAAAAAUAUUUUCAAUUGUUUAAACAAGAUUGUUUAAUCCAAACAGACUUACAAAUUAGAAAUAUAGCCGCAAGCGGCAAUCAUCGGGGGCCAAGCACACAUGGACCUUCACAGUAGCCCCAUAUUUGGUAUUUAACAGGAUGAAAAUGAGAGUGUGAGGGACAAGCUAACAUAAAUAUGAUGUUUUGGAGAUUAAUGCAGGAAUUGUAUUUUUUUGGUUGCUAUGAUGUAACUGUUUAUGUCAUUAUGUUGUGUAACAUGAAACUUGAAUGUGGGAUAUUUCUACUUGAUAUCUUUGAUGUUUGAUCAUAAUGGCAUUUAAUUGCAUGAUGGUCAUAAUAUUAUAAGAAAACCAAAUUGGAAUGAUCCUGUUAGCCUAGCAGGUGUUAGACUGUUAUUAGAGACAUGUCAGAGCAACCAUAUUAUAAAUGAUGCUGCAAUACUCGCAUUUGCAUUACAGGUACUUAUAGAAAGAAUACAAUGUAGCAUGAUUAGAACACGUGUCUUUGCAAAUGUUUGUUAAACAAGUGUUAUCAUCAUGUAAUGCAGAACGUUUGCUUCACAGAGUGAUAUUUUUGAAUAAAAGUCAA